AUUGGUGGAGAGGUUCUAGAGCAGACACCACUGGGGUAUAGACAUUCUGUAUAUUUCCUGUUAUUUGAAGGCUCAGUUUAGUUGUGAUGUGAAGAUCUUGUAUUAGCAGGAUGUCUGCACUCUGUCUGUGUUGUGAAGUCUUCCUCUGCCUUCUUUGCUGCACCUUGGCUGAGAAAGAGAGCAAGGGACUGCUGGUCCGAAAGCAGGAGGGAGACACUGUGACCAUCCACUGCAGCACCUCUCUGCCAGACCAAGAAAACCUGGGUGUGUCCAUGCGCCUAACAAAAGAGAUUCUAGUCCUCUACUUUCACCAGGCAACAAAAAAAUUAACCCUCCACGAGAGGUUCAAACUCAGAUUGACGACUAAUGGAAGACUCAACAAAAUGGACAUCACCAUCACAAACCUGACCAUAGAAGACUCUGGGGCCUACUGGUGUGUGUACGGUGUUUAUAAGAAAAACAAGAUUGAGAAGACUGAGGGGGAAGGAGCUGUUUUGCUGGUGGUGAAUGAUGAGGAGUGUGACCAGAAUGACACAUCCUCAGGGCUAGGAAUGUCCUGGUAUCUGGUCCUGGUCUCAGCUGUCACUGCUGGCUCUGUGCUUCUCCUGAGUCUGCUCAUCCUCUUCAUCUGGGUCAUCCCCAGGUUAAAGGCAUGGCGUGCAACGAUUAGACCAACACAGGGCAAGAGUAGCGAUGUCUAUGAAGACAUGCGCACCACCAUCAGACGUGCACACCCCCCUCAGAUGGGUUAUUAGUGAUGUUGCACGGCAGCCAUCUUUAAUUUUGGCACCAACCUAAGACAGGUUGCUACGGGUGUUGCACAGCAGCCAUCUUUACUUUGGGCACGACCUUCGGACAGCUUGUUACUGAUGAUGCACGGCAGCCAUCUUUAAUUUGGGUCCAAAUGGAAGCUCAUGUCAGCUGACUAGGAGACAAUUAUGUAAACAUACUGUAAUACAUGAUGUCAAUGAAGGACUUUGAAAGAUAUAUUCUCAGGUUGUGUUAAGUAGCAAGGGCUUGCAUCAAUGAUGUACUCUUAUGUCAGUCAUUCAACCUCAAGGUAAGAUACCUAUAUACUGUAGCUACUUAAGUACACAGCAUUGUAUGUGACUGACAUCACACAUUGUAAAUGGUUGUUCAUACAGAGGUUUGUUAUAGUCCUUGACCCUGACGUAGCAGGUAGAAUUUGAGUCUUGUAAUUACAACCACAAUUUAACUUGAAAAUAGCACUGAUUGCUGUGCAUGGAAUUUCAUUGUCUUUAGCUGUACAUUCUAUUUUUCUUUAUAGAUUGACAAUAUCUUUUUUAACAACUUUUAAAUGUUGAAUUGAUUCUCUAUUGUAUAUAUAUUUUUUAACAUAUUUGAUGGCUUUGGGCCUAUGCCUAUUUUUCAGGCACCAGGCAACUUUUACUGCUAUUUUAUUGUAAUACUUUUGCAUUCUUUAGUUCCUGUACUGAUCAUGUUGUUCCUGUAAUGAUAGUCAAUUUUUUAUAAUAAAUGAGUCAAAAGACUAACA